AGACAUUAUUGGUCAGGUCUGGACUUGCAGCACCUUCAAUGUCACGUUUGUUGUGUGUAAAGUAGCUAACUAUCUGACAGCGAGUGUGUAUAUAAACAUAUAAAACAUGUAUAAAUUAAAUUGUAUACUAGUUAGUUCUGUGAGUAACGUUUGUCGACAGCUGGUUGCCUCCCUAAAUGCAAAUGGAAGCUCUCUAUGUGGCAGCAGUGGGCUGCAGCGAGCGUUAUGUACCAGUGCUAUCAGACUUCAGGACACAGCAGCAUCCACCACAGACUCUGGGAAGACCUCCAGAGACUUCAGCCAUUUUCCUCCACUGCUUGGUCAGGACAGUUCACUGAGAUGGGGUGGAAAGAAGUUUGAGGAGCUACCGAUCGCGCACAUUAAAGCCACAUACAACAACACACACAUCCAGCUGACAGACGGCACAGGACAGUCGAUGGUCAGGACGUCCUGCGGAACAGAAGGCUUCAAGAAUAUCAAGAAGUCGACGCCCGUCGCUGCUCAGACUGCUGGCAUCUCCGCAGCUGCGAAAGCCACAGCGAAGGGAGUGACAUUUGUCCGUGUCGUGGUUAAAGGCAUCGGUCCUGGACGUCUGUCUGCGAUCAAAGGCUUGACGAUGGGAGGCCUGGAGGUCGUAUCGAUCACUGACAACACCCCCGUGCCGCACAACGGAUGCCGCCCACGCAAAGCAAGAAGGACCUGAUCUCCGAACCAGAAUGCACUGCAACAGGAGGCGGCUAUGGUGUUGUAAAAUGCUAAUAAAGUGUUUUGUCAUUUAACUUUCCCAACUCUGAGCUGACCUUACAUCAUUAAUUUGUGAAAAUAAUUGCAGAUGGUGUUAUUAAUGAGCAGAGAACAGGUGUCUCUGCAGAGACUGUUGACACACGAAUAAACCCUCAGACUCACUGCAGGCACUUUUGAUGUUCAUUAGUAGACUGUGUGCAGAAACAGACUGAUGGCUCCAUGUCGGAAGAGAAAACAGCACCACUGAGCCCACAGGAGUCAGGGCCACGCAGCACAUGUGUGAACAAAUGCAUGAAGCAAAGUCAACCUUCUUAUAUGAACAAAGUUCUCUUUAUAUUUUACUUUAAGCACAUUAGACAGUCAAACAUCUGUUUAACAUGAUAGAAAGGCGUUAUUGUAAAGCUCUAGAGAAAAAGCUGGCAUUUACAGAUCAGUCCGGUACAGGUGCUUUUAAAAUGGAAACAUUGUGUUUGAGCACUGAAGCAGACAACACUGCCACCUCACUGAUUAGUGAUCAUUACAACAGAUUUUUCCGAACCUCCGGACAUGACAUUUUUGCCAUUCACUGUUUUGAUGAUAUACGUUAGACAUCAUAUUUAGCUAUAACGCUCUCUGUUCCAAGUGCACACCGCAUAUAUUUGGAGUUUUUGGUAAACUUUGAAAUACAAGAAAACUCAUUUUCCAAACACACAGUACCAUAGAAAGUCUGUGGCCACAAAGAGUACGGGA